AUGACUACGGCUGCGAAGCAGAGGAGGUGGACCAUGCAGGGGUUGCUGCGACUCAAAGCUCCGAAGGUGUUGGCGGUUCUGGUGGGAUUGGUCUUCUCGCUGCCGGGACUGCAGUGGAAGACGGUGGACCAUGCUGAGUUCUUUUCGGGCAAAAUGCAGGUCACUCUGCAGGACAUGAAGGAGGGGAUGGAAUAUUCAAGAGAUGUGCUUGUGAU